AUGUCCGCCUCUACCGCUACCUCACAGAAGAAGGGCCCCACAAUAGACGCCCUCACCGCCGAACUCCACUCCACCAGCAUCAGCCCCUCUCACUCUCAUGCAUUUGAUCCUCGCUCAAUAUCGCCGGCCGAGCUCAAGAAGCUUCUUUUAGAGCCGAUCGACGAAAGCAGCUCCUCAUUACCGGCGUCCUUGCCCUCACAGCCGCCACCAACACUGGACGCAUUGGCGACUGCUGAUGCGACUGCCAAGGAUGCCGGUGCUACAAAUCUCGCUUCUGCGCCUCAGGCCCAAGGUCUAGUCAAGUACAUUGCCGAUCGAGUUGCUUACGAGGGGGGCGAGUUCGUACUGCGCAUCGGCGCACCCGGUCCGGGCGAGAGCGAAACUGACACCGUCUCGUUUACCGACGACGAGCUGUCAAUAGCCGUCUCCAACGUCGUCAAGGCUUCCAGCUUAUCCGACGCCGACGCCACUGUGCUGCACCAGCAGCCUGCAGCCGACGGUCACAGCAAAUCCGCACACGUUCUCAUCCGCAGAAUACCCGCAGGUGCCGAGGAGCUGGUCGAGCUGCGCAUCGCCGUCAUCGGCAACGUCGAUGCGGGCAAGUCCACCAUGCUCGGCGUGCUCACCAAGGGCGGCCUCGACGAUGGAAGAGGCAAAGCGCGCGUCAACCUGUUUCGCCACAAGCACGAGGUCGAGUCCGGUCGAACGUCGUCGGUGGGAAUGGAGAUCAUGGGAUUCGACUCCAAGGGUCGACCGGUGCACAAUGUGGCUGGACCUGGCCAGGAGCCUGGGCGCAAGAUGUCGUGGGAGGAGGUGUGCGCCAAGUCGAGCAAGGUCAUUUCGUUCAUCGAUUUGGCAGGACACGAACGCUACCUUAAGACUACGGUGUUUGGUAUGACUGGAUGUCUGCCCGAUUUCGUCAUGCUCAUGGUGGGUGCUAAUGCUGGUCUGAUCGGUAUGUCCAAGGAGCAUCUGGGCAUUGCGUUGGCGUUGUCGGUACCUGUGGUGGUGUGCAUCACCAAAAUCGACAUGACACCAGCACACGUGCUCGAAACGACGCUGAAACAGCUCACCAAGAUUCUCAAGUCUCCCGGAUGUCGCAAGACGCCCGUCUUCAUCAACGACAUGGGCCAAGUGGUCGAAUCGGCCCUCCGGCUGGAAACCGAACGCAUUUGUCCCAUCUUCCAAAUCUCCAACGUCACCGGUCUCAAUCUCGACCUCCUGCGCAGCUUCCUCAACAUCCUACCGCAAGCGAGCGCCGCCAAGUUCCAAGUGGAUCAGCCGUUCGAGUUUCAGAUCAGCGACAUCUUCUCGGUCCCCUUUGUGGGCACCGUCGUUUCGGGCGUCGUGCUCGCCGGAAGCUGCAAGGUGGGCGAUUCGGCGUUGCUCGGUCCGGACAGCUUGGGUCAGUUCGUCACCACCUCAAUCCGCAGUAUUCAGCGCAAACGCGUUAAUGUCGACGGCGGAACGGCAGGACAGAGCGUGUCGUUCGCGCUCAAGAAGAUCCGCCGCAAUCAGGUGCGUAAGGGCAUGGUCAUGGUCGCACGCACCGAGACCGCGCCCAAGAGUCACAUGGAAUUCGACGCCGAGAUCCUGUGCUUGUACCACUCGACGACAUUGUCCGUGGGAAGCUGCAUGGUUCUGCACGCCGCAUCGAUCCGUCAGACGGUGCGGAUCGUCGGGAUUGCGAAGCUGGAUGGCAAGCCGACGAUCGGGAUGGGGGUCGGUGGAGAAGGACAUGGGGGGAAGCCGGUGGUAAGGACGGGUGAUCGUGCCAAGCUGAGGCUGCAGUUCAUCAGGUAUCCGGAGUACGUCAAGCCCGGCAUGAAGUUGAUCACGAGGGAGGGCAAGACGAAGCUGAUCGGUGUGGUUAGGGCGGUGGGUCAGACGGGCCCGUUGGAUGGAGCUGCUGUCGGUGCUGCUCCAGCUAUGACAGGUUCCGCUGGACAGAACGUUCCUGCGGCUGCGCAUGCGGGAAGCGCCUAUCCUGCUCCUGCGCUCGGCGUCAAGUAG